AUGUUUGCCUCUAUACUUCUUUUUAGCAGUGCACUUUUUGGGCUGGUGCAAGCAGCCUGCAUUCCUCAGUCGCACAAUGAUAAUUUCCCAACCGAUCCAUUGACACUGUACGUCGCGCAUCAGGGUCGAGGGAUCUUGACUUUGCAAUUUGACACGACCAAAGCGGCAAAUGAAAGUCUUGGGAUUGUAGACGAGACUGAAGCGGGCCAUCAACCAGGAUGGAUAUGCAGCCGCGACUCCAACAUCUACUCGGUGGCGAGGACUUACUACCCCGACAACUCAUCUGUGUCGGGCGGUGUCUUUGGCUUUACCAGGAUUGGCGACGACUUAUCAAAAGUUUCCGAGAACUCUUCAGACGGGAAUGGAGGAGUCUUUUGCCAUAUCAACGAAGAUGGCUCGUUGAUGAGCGUUGCAAAUAUUGAUGGUUCUACAGUCUCGCUCCACCCACGGUCAGAAACUGGCGUAGUAGGCGCGUCGUCGCAUUUGUUCAAAUACAACCUCACACAACCUGGACCGGGUACCAACGACUCUCAGAUCCAAAGCAACCCUCACGAAGCAGUUUUCGGGCCUUCGGGACCGUGGGGCCAGUUGAUGGUAGUCCCAGACCGUGGUGCAGAUCGUGUAUACGUCUACCGGGUACGCUCGUCUGGGAAUGGCACCGCGGAUGUUCAUUUAGCUGAGAAUAUCACUCUGCCUCUUGGAACCGGACCACGUCAUGUCAUUUUCCAGGAGAGCUUGGGUCUCAUGUACCUCGUAAGCGAACUGGACAAUACUGUGAGGGUGUUCAGCAUCGAUACAAGCAAAAUGUCCAAUGAUGUAGUGAAUAUCACCUUGCUGCAGACCGCAUCAACACUGGGGCCAGGAUCGGCGCGAACUUUACCAAUUAACGAGCACUUGGCAUCCGAGUUGGCAUUGUCGAACAAUGGACGCUUUCUUUACGUCUCAAAUCGCGACACGACAUCGUAUGACAGCGAUAAUUUGGCUAUUUUCGCUGUCAACAGAACCACACUCUCCCCACAACCCUUGGAGUGGCUUGGAAUAAACGCGACGAAUGGAAAAAUUCCGCGGCACUUUGCACUGAGCUCUGACCGGGAGAAUCAGUGGGUCGCCGUGGCUAACCAAGUUUCGAAUACGAUAUUCGUGUUUAAGAGGAGUUCAGAGAAUGGGUUUCUAGAAGAGGUGAAGGGCAAUUUGACUUUGGGAGACUUUGAUCUCACGCUAGAGAACGGUCCAAUGGCUGUCGUCUGGGCUCGUCCACGGGACAGAGGCGCGCUAUCAACCAGAAUGGAUAAGCAGUGA